ACAUCUACCACUGGUGAAAACACACAUCUGGAUUCAUGUAUGGAUUUGUCCUAAAACAUGAACAUUCACUUCCCCAGAACAAACGUGUGCGAGCAUCUGUGCUGCAGACAGGACAAAGAGUGGGCAGAUCACAGACUGGACAGAAUGGAAGUGAAGGUUUUUGUGGAUGGUAUCCCACGGGUGGUAUGUGGAGUAACAAGGGAAACGACAUGCCAAGAAGUGGUCUUAGUGCUGGCUCAAGCAUUGGGUCAACCUGGGCGCUACACGCUACGGGAGAAAUUUAAAGACUUUGAGCGAUGCAUGACACCCGAGGAACGUCUUCUGGAGACCCUGGAGAGGUACGGUGAGCAGUCCAAGGAGGUCCAGCUCAGUCUAUUCCACAGAGGAGCAUCUGUCUUGGAAGAAAUGGGCAAAGCAAAAGUAGGACGAUAUCAACCCUGUCCGCCAUUGAGGAAGAAAGAUAUAGGUUCCAGAAUGAGGAGGAGUAGUGGUUCCCUGAGCCUUCAUCGCCAAAGCUUGCCAAUGUUAUCCUGCUUAAGGGAAGAAGGUGAGAAGAAGCAAGAAGACCUGAAAAGGCCUAAAAGAAAGUCUCUGACACUCAUGGAGGAGGCCUGGGACUGGCUGGAAAGUCUGGGAAAAGGAAAGGUCUAUAGCACUGCACAUGAUAAGGAAAGCAGUAAGUCGGAUAAAAGGAACCGCAUCUCUUUGGAUUUCUCACUCACUGUGGACAAAGAUAACUCUGGUAGCAUUAGCAGAGGCAAAGGCAAAGGUCAAAAAGCUUUGAAGUCACAACUGGACCAUCAAACCUCCUGCUGCAUAGGAAAUCAGACAAGGGGUAAAGAAAGCAAACACUCUAAAAAAACAAAUGAGGCAAAAUCCAACCUGUGUGGUUCAACUGCUACCAGGGCUGAGGAGGAGAAAAAUACUCUCAGAGAAACCAUAAUAUGUCAGCUCAAGUCCUUGCAGGACCUACAGGCCCAAAUAACACGUAUAGACAGACAGAUUUUUGACCUCGAGGAACGUCAAAGGGCCAAAAUCACUGAACAGGAAGCACAAGAGAGGAUAGUGGAAGAGGAGAUGGAGCAGAUCAGGUUUUGGGAAAACGAGUUACAAUCAGAGGAAGGUUACGAGAAGGAUUUGCAGUAUCAGUUCCUCGAGAUGAGAGCGAAGGCCGUGGAGUGCAAGGCUAAACUGGAGGAGUACAAGUGCAAAAUGCAGCGGCUUGAUUUAUUCAGAGGUGCCGCUCAAGAAGAUUCUGAGACGGCUUCAAAACUCGACUCAAAUUGCGCCAGUGAGAUUCCCGCCGUUUUGGCCCAGGAUGUCAAUCUGGUGCAAUCCAGUGCAGAUGGGAGUGUAAAUGUGAACAGGAAGUUCUUGCCCAGAGAAGACGCCAGCCAUCCUCACGCUCUAGUUCAUCCAAACCAAAUAAAGGAGCGGCGGCCCACUGGACCCACCGAGCUAAGGGAGUGGUGGACACGCUGGUCAGAAGCCCACAGAUCUCAAUCGCAGACUCAGAAGGUGAUUCACCGCUCUGAGCUCACUAUAUAUUUGAGCAGUACCAAGGUUUAGAAUCAAUGUCCUGGCGUUAAAAGACAGUGAUCCUUCACACUUUUCAUUUUAAAUUUAUUACCAGUGCUUACUGCACGUACUGGGCUGGGAUAAAGCCCUCCUCAGUUUAUUUACCUUCAGUGGGUCCAAAAUAAUUAAACAGAUCCUUUAAAAAAAACUGGUCUUUAUUAUUCUAAGAGAAAGGAGCUGAAAUUAAAUUAAAAGAAAGGAAAAGACCAUUCGUUUUAUUUCACAUUUGACUUCCUCUGUAUUUUAGCACAUGUGAAGUGUUUUUCAUACUUAAACGUGCUCUGGUGCACCAAUAAAUAAUUAUACUGACUUGAUCAUAAUAUUCAAGCAAGCCAAACUGAAAACUGAUUUGGUGUGUAGGACUGGACUGAAAGCUUUAAGCUUCCUCUUUGAAUUUAUCCUCACCAUCAGCUGUCAGUGUCCCCACACUGCAUGACAAUGCCGCUUUUGUUGCAACUGCUGUUUAAUAUCAGAAUGCACAUACCCUUCUACUUCUUGCCCUCAAGACAGUCUAUUAAUAUUGUACCUACUUGGACUGUACUACAAGCAUCUUAAAAUCUAUACAAACACUAAAUUUACGUGGUGAAAAUCAGGGCUUUGUGGAUCUUUGGUCAUUCUUACUGGCAGAUGUGGAAAAGUGCAGUGAUCAAAUUAUUUUCCACUCACUACAGAGAACGUAGCAUCACAAAUACAUUGAGGUCUUAUUUCUCCCUCAUUUGUAGCCGUGUUGCUGUGACAUCUUGACCAUUUCACAGACAUCACCAGGCUACAACAGCUGAUAGUGGAAUCAAAGACCACAAUGAAUAUAAAACAUGGUUUAUCAAAUGUAGUUUUAUUAACUGAUUACUUAUGCAUGCCUUUCUCUCUCUCACCGCUAGACAAUGUCAGACAAACUGCUCUAUAUAAUAAAAUGAACUUCACAAGCAUUUAUUUUGCUUUCAAGUUGUUUUAUUCAGUCUUAAAGAACACCUACAGGCUUCCUCUGAAAAGACAACAGAACAGCUCGUGAAUUUCAUAAAAUUUUAAUUCAAUUGUUGUUUCAUUCAAGAACAUUAAGAAAAGUACAUGAGAACCUCUGUACGCGGUUCAACUGAAACCCGGUGAUCUCCAGAGAAAUUUAUAAUUUUGACUGUAACUUAACGUGCAGAGGCACAACAGCUUAUCUCCAGAGCGCACAAGCUGAUCUCCUGAUUUUUAAUGCAGUUUUUCUUAAAAACUGACUUUCUAAUACUUCACCCCUUUUCCUGUAAGUUACAUUGGUUUCAUUAUAUUUGAAGUUUCCAAAUUCCACUUUAAAAAAAAAAAAAAAAAAA